UGUGCCGCUCCGUUCGCCGCUGGUGUUUCGCUACGUUGUGUGUUCGUAAAUUAUAAUAAAGUGUCAAAUAAUUUUUAAAUAAUCAACAAAAAAUUAUGAUGAUGAUGAGCUAUUAAAGCAAUUAACCGUUAAGCCUAUGUAUGAAAUAGCAUACAUAUCGAAAAUAUAAAGCGUUAUAUUUUGAUUGCUUCGCAAUAACAACAAUUUGCUUUUGCUUAACACCAACAACAGCAGUGCCCGCAUACACUGAAAUCUGAAAUCUAAGCGCCAUUCCGAGUCCAAAAAAAAAGAAGUGUUGCUAUUACCGCUAGUGUAGGCGUGCGUGUGCAUUAGUGUGUGUGCGCGAACAUGUGUUUGUGAUUUCAUAUGUUGUUGUUACUUAGCCCAUUCCGCAAUCAAGUCAAAUUUUUCAGCAUAAAAACAAAUUAAAUAAUUGCAAAGUGCACACAACUACUAAAAAGUCGCUGCCAUUUACAGUUGAAAGUCAAGGCAGUUGGGCGUCUGGCAGCUGGUUUCUCAAGUCUGCGAAGUUUUCUGUUUCUUUUUCUGUAUUGCGCUCACAUCAAAUCGCCAAUUAAUUGAAAUUGUGUUUUUAAGUUUAAAUCCGACAGUAAAGCGUCUACAGUAGCUACUCUACGUUAAGAAGAAAGUAACAUUGUCGAAGCAGCAAUCAAAUCAUUUACACACACAAAAACAUAAAAGUAGCUCACAUACGGAAGCAGACACGCCUUUAAUAAAAUAACAAAAAUCGAACGCACAAUGAAAAACGACGUCGUGCGAUGGAGGAGGCAGCCGAAUAACAACAUCAGCAACAGCAACAAUUGCAACAACAACAGCAGCAGCAGCAGCAUCAUCAAUUGCAACGUCAACAACAAACACAAUCAUCAAGGACGCAUCAAAAACAACGCACUGCAUAAAGUUCGGCAACAUGUUGUAAGCAGAAGAACUUUUUGUCAGCCCAAAUCAACACCUGCAAGUGUUGCUGCAACCAUUUCCUCCUUGCAGCAAGGACAACAACAAGAGCAACAAACAAUCGUUGAAUGUGAUAUAACAAAUUUCAAUUUUAAUUUAAAUUGCAAUUUAUUCAAAAAUAGUUUUUUAACGCACAACAAAACGAAACGCAUUCGCAGCAGACAUCCAGAAUGGUCAAAAGCGACGUUAACGUCGACGCCGACGCCGCUGGCGACGCGUACGUGGUCGCUGACUGCGACGUCGACGUCGACCGCAAUGCUGCUGAUUUUGCAAUUUAGUAUCGUAGUUUUCUUAUGUAAUUUUAAUGUCGGUUUCGCGGCCAAAGUGGAGCCCGGUCACGCCCAGUCGCCAUUGCUCCCGCCCUAUAUCCUCGACUAUGAAACGGGCGCAGCCAGCAGCAGCAGUGGCAGCCCCAGGAGUGGGCGCGCAGCUGGCGGGGGUGCUGGCCAUUAUACGCACACCUGGGCGGUCCACAUACCGAACGGUGAUGACAAUGGUAUCGCCGAUGCCGUUGCCAAGGAACAUGGUUUCGUCAAUUUGGGCAAGAUAUUCGAUGAUCAUUAUCACUUUGCGCACCACAAGGUGUCGAAGCGUUCACUGACACCCGCCACACAUCAUCAGACCCGCCUCGACUUGGAUGAGCGCGUCCAUUGGGCCAAACAGCAGCGGGCAAAGUCGCGAUCCAAGCGCGAUUUUAUACGCAUGCGACCAUCGCGCACCUCCUCUCGAGCCUUGUCGCUGGUGGAUGUGAUGACCUUCGAUGAUCCCAAAUGGCCCCAGAUGUGGUAUCUGAACCGCGGCGGAGACCUGGACAUGAAUGUAAUACCCGCCUGGCAGCAGGGAAUAACAGGCAAAGGUGUUGUGGUCACCAUUCUGGACGAUGGACUCGAGUCCGAUCAUCCGGAUAUUGAGCAGAACUACGAUCCCAAAGCCUCGUAUGACGUGAACAGUCACGAUGAUGACCCCAUGCCACAUUACGACAUGACCGAUUCGAACCGUCAUGGCACACGCUGUGCCGGCGAGGUGGCUGCCACCGCAAACAACUCCUUCUGUGCGGUUGGCAUCGCGUAUGGGGCAAGUGUGGGCGGUGUGCGGAUGCUGGACGGUGAUGUGACUGAUGCUGUGGAGGCGCGUUCGCUCUCGCUCAAUCCGCAGCACAUUGACAUAUAUAGCGCAUCGUGGGGACCCGAUGAUGAUGGCAAGACAGUGGAUGGACCUGGUGAAUUAGCCUCGCGUGCCUUUAUUGAGGGCACAACGAAGGGGCGUGGCGGAAAGGGCAGCAUCUUCAUUUGGGCAUCUGGCAAUGGAGGCAGGGAAAUGGAUAAUUGCAAUUGCGAUGGCUAUACGAAUUCGAUAUGGACGUUGUCCAUUUCAAGCGCCACCGAAGAGGGCAAUGUGCCGUGGUAUUCGGAGAAAUGUAGCUCCACGCUGGCCACCACCUACAGCAGCGGCGGGCAGAGCGAGAAGCAGGUGGUCACCACAGAUUUGCAUCAUUCAUGCACCGUAUCACAUACGGGCACCUCGGCCUCGGCACCGCUCGCCGCGGGCAUAGCAGCCCUGGUGCUGCAGUCGAAUCAGAAUCUCACCUGGCGCGACCUGCAGCACAUUGUGGUGCGCACCGCAAAGCCGGCGAAUCUCAAGGAUUCCAGCUGGUCGCGGAACGGUGUGGGCCGACGUGUGAGCCAUUCCUUUGGCUAUGGUCUCAUGGAUGCCGCCGAAAUGGUGCGCGUCGCACGCAACUGGAAAACAGUGCCCGAGCAACAGCGCUGCGAGAUUAACGCUCCACAUGUGGACAAAGUCAUUCCGCCCCGCACACACAUCACACUGCAGCUGUCCGUUAAUCACUGCCUCUCAGUCAAUUAUCUGGAGCAUGUGCAGGCCAAGAUCACCUUAACCUCACAGCGGCGCGGUGAUAUUCAGCUUUAUCUGAAAUCCCCGGCAAAUACCAAAGUCACAUUACUAACCUCACGCAUGCAUGAUAAUUCACGUUCCGGUUUCAAUCAAUGGCCCUUCAUGUCGGUGCACACGUGGGGCGAGUCACCGCAUGGCAACUGGCAGCUGGAAAUACACAACGAGGGCCGCUAUAUGGCGCAAAUCACACAAUGGGAUAUGAUUCUCUAUGGCACCGAGGUGCCCUCCCAGCCCGAUGACCAGCCCCACGAGAACCAGCAGAGCCAAUUCAACGUGUUUGGCAACGAUAUGGCACACAACGAUAUCGAGCACGAUGCCAGCGGACAAUGGCGCAAUAUGCAACAGGUGGGCGAAGUGGGAAUGACUCAGGAUCGCAGCAAUGCAGCCGCCUGCCUCAAGUGGAGCGACCAGAAAUGUUUAGACUGCCAGGAGCCCAGCUACUUCUACAUGGAUCUCUGCUACGACGAGUGCCCCCAGCACACCUUCGCUAAGCUUAAUUCAGAUGAGCUGGAUGAAGCCGUGACGUUGAGCGAGAUAGACGCCGCUGCAGCUAUCUCUACGCCGGAUGGCAACGAUUUACCCAGCACUGGCAAAAGCUCCAUCAACCAGGACGAUCCACUGCUGGCGGCGGAACGUCGACGUCGGAGCAGCGAGUCCAGCACCAACACCUUGUUGCUGACACCGCGUCAAAGUCGUAUUUGCUCAAGCUGCGACAAAAGCUGCCUGCGCUGCUAUGGCCCCAAUGCAUCCCAGUGCAGCACCUGCUAUCCGGGCAACCAGCUGCGCAAGCUGCUCCAGACCAAUGAGACCUACUGCUAUGCCUAUGUGGUGCGGAGCACCGUGGUGGAUGUGUCUAAUCCCGCAAAUGCACAGCUAGCAUCAGAUGCCAAGAUUCAGUACAUGAACUGGAGCACAGCGCUGCUAGUGAUUGCCGUGGUUGUAUCUCUAGUGGGCGUCGGCGUGGCUGGUGGUAUGGUAUACAAUCGUCGUGCGGCCAAGGCAGAGGCUUAUACGCGCGUCGCGCUUAUUGCCGAAGACGAUAGCGAUGAGGAGCAGGAAGUGGAAGUAUUCAAGGCGCGUCUACAUUAUCCGAGUGAUGUGCUCGAAUAUCACGAUGAGCUGCAGCCAAAUCAACUGCCCAGAGAGUCGCUCGGCGCAGCGCUGCAGGACGAGUUGCAUGCCCAGCUGAUGCCCGAGUAACCAGCCAGCAUCCUUCUUAAUUAAAAGGUGCAUUUACAUAACUCAUGAAACGGGUUAAUCGCGAACCGAAAAUCCACUUUCCUAAUGCUAACAUUAAAAGAAAAAUCAACAUUUCGACAUUCAAACCAACUGCUGCGAUUUAUUUAUAACACGCAUUUAAAUUAUUCAAAUUAUUUGCAAUUGAUUUUCCAAAAUGUAUUAUCCUAGUUUUAAUCAAAUAAAA